CUUUCCUUACAAGUGCUCAUAACUUUAUGAUUACUUUUCUUUAUAAUUUGCGAGCAAUAAUCCCGAGACAUACACGAGAAUGUCAACACAUCUGAUCGCAUGAGUAAAUUCUUAAGUCAUAUUAAAAAGGGAUGAGAACUUAAGAUGACGUAUCGUUGAAUGAUAACCUCGUAUAUUUUGACUCAUCACCAUACAUCGUUCGUUAUUCUCUUGAAACACGUUGAAACACUGACUACAUCAAACAGGAUGAAAUCGACACGUUACAUCGCCAUUUUUAUAUCGUUUGGAGUUUGUUUAUGUAUUUUGGGAACAGGUCUCAUCAUUGCUGGAGCGAUCUCCUUCAAGAAAUGCGAAAACGACGACGUAGAAAAUGGUCGCACCACAACUGAGCCUCGGACUGAUCCAGCAACUGAAGGACCACAAAUACCUCAGUCACAGAGUGGACGAUGUGAUGCGAGUAUCGAAUCAUUGCGCAUUGACCUCUACGAAACUCUGGAAUACGUAAUGGACGAGUAUUAUUCAUUGUAUCCAAAUAGGGUGAUUUGGCACAUGCUUGCUGAAGGCGAUGAUCUCAAGGCUUUUCGCCCGUACAAUUGUUCGCCAGCCGCUCUGAAGUACAGAACCGAUAGAUCAAAAGAACUGUACAACGAUGUCUUGAAAUUGCGAAAUGAAACCAAAGAAGCCAACCUCAAACCACGAGAAUUGAAAUCCUUGAUUCAACUGUUGCACUUCUUGAAGAGUGGUUUUGGUCAACCAUAUGGAGAGAAUUAUUAUGCUGGUGAUUGGAUGAUGGGUCCAAGUCGUUUCUGUACUGAAUCCAUUUGCAAGAUUGGGGAUGAUUUGUAUUACCAUUUUAAUACAAAGGCUUGGUCAUGGCAGCCGAGCAGAUACGAGGACCUCGUUUACAUUAUAGAGCAACUGCGUGCUCACAAACCUUUGAUUGAACAAUAUAUAUCCAACAUGAAAUACGGAAUAGCAGCAGGAAUGCUACGGUCAGUGGAGCAGUGUGAUGUUGGAUACUAUUCCUUGCUCAAUAAGUUCCAAAAAGUUUCAACUUUGGGCAAGAGAGGAAUACUGCAAGAAAAGUUUACCAAAGAUCUUCGUAGGGCGACAUAUUAUAAAUCUCUAAAUCAAGACGACAGACAAAAGUGGUUUAAAAACUUUGGUGAAGAAAUAGAAGAUACUGUAAACGCUACAUUAGUCGAGUACUUUGGGAGACCUUUGGUUGAGCUGUUCCAUUUUUUAAAACACGAAUAUCGAGUAUAUUGUGUGAAUAGCAGCGUAUCGAGCGGUCUGGCUAACUUGCCUUUGAAAUAUAUUUACAUCAACGGUAGCAAGACAUCAAACAAAACCUUGCAAAAACUACCAUUUAGUGAAAAGCUAGAUGGGAAGAAAUCAUACGAAAGUACGUUGUAUUAUUUCACCACGUCUGAAGAUAUCACUCCUGAACAAAUCCAUGAACUGGGUAAACAGAAAUUGAAAAUACUUUAUCGUGAAGCUGUAAAGCUGGCUGAGAACAUGACAGGCAGAUUUGACCAGGAAGCCAUGAAAAAUUUCAAGAAUAUUUUAGAUGAUAGAUCAAGUUUUUUCAACGACGCACGUUUUCCCAACAACGAAUCAAAUGAAUUCGCAUUCUCAAAAUGUACGAGCUUGAAAAAAGCCAAAAUCUACUGUCCGCAGCGAUACGAGGCUUUCAAAAAAUGGUCAGCAUUUGUAAGAGAAAUCUUGAGUUUUCUGGAACCAAAGACGAUCGAUAUGUUCCACUUUACUGACGAGAAACGAACAACCCCGAAUUGCCCUCUAAAGGUUGUGCCAAAUUUCAACCCGAAGAUAGCAUCGCAUAGUUUUGUGCUUGCUGGGCAUUCCUGCGAGUACCCAUGUCGGUAUAGAUUACCAUUCUUCAUGGAUAACCUGGGACCGAAAUACAACGCGUUCUCUGUGGCUGGUCAUGAAGGAAGGCCUGGGCACCACACACAGCUUCAAGGAAAUGCAGAGAAUUUUAAUGAUGAUUGUCAAGAUGUAAUAUCCUGGCUUAACUCUGCUGUGCACUACCCAUCGUUUUCUGAAGGAUGGGCUCUGUACGCAGAAUAUCCUCUGCUUGCUUUGGAAACAGACACCUACGAAAAUAAUGCACUACAAAAAUACGGCAUGUUAAAGUGGCAGAUAUGGAGAGCCAUUAGGUUGAUUGUAGAUACGGGCUUGCAUUACACAGGAAUGAAAAGGCAGAAAGCUCUUAAAUACUUCGCUGAAUUUGCGUGGGACAGAUCGGAUAAAGCAACCAAAGACGUGACGAGGUAUCAGAGUAACCCUGGCCAGGCAGUUACAUAUAUGAUUGGACAGUUGGAGAUAAUGAACUUACGCAAUCUCACAAAACAAAAAUUGGAAGAAGCAGGGAAAACGUUUAGUGAAAAAGACUUUCACUUUCAGGUGUUAAGUCAAGGAACGAGUCCGAUGGAAUACCUUAAGAUACAUAUCCAUAAAUACAUCGAUUGUGUUGUAAAGGACUCUAGUAAUUGCGAUGAGUUAGCAACUGGUAUCAAAGAAAAAAUAUUCCUCAGAAGAAGAUACGUUCAAAAGAAGUUAUAUCCAGUUCUGAAUUAUAGAGAUCAACUUGAACAAUUUGAUUAGUAUUCGCUUAACAAGAUUGAUGUAAUAUAUAUCAAAAAAAUUGAUUAUCAUCUAUGCAAACUGAUGACUUUGAAACACACAAGACAGUUCAAAAAUUGAUUGAGAAAAAU